AUGAAGCUGCUCGACAGUAAUGUGGGUUUCCGAAUUGCAGCUGCGGCUGUUCUCCUUCUCUCAACAGUAACUCAUGCGGCCGAAAAAGACUCGUCAUCUACCGAUCCUUGUGCUGCCAUUGCCGGCAAAACGACUGCCAGUUUCAAAGAAGCAAAAGCAUGUCUCGACCACUUUCCCUUCAACAAGGAUUUUGCAGAUCAAACCAUCGACACAGUGCGAAAAGUGACCAACCAUCUUUACGUCUUCAAUGAAAUUGCUGCUUCUCCACCCAACGUGGAAGGUCUUGAAGUGGUUCCUGUCAACAUUUCCUAUGGCCUUGACAUCAUCAAGAAUCAAAAGUGGAAGUCUGAUCGAGAAUUCCAAGAUGCCGUUGCUUUGCUUUUGGAUAAAGUGCAAGAUGCCCACUUGGUCUAUUCGCCAUUUUGCUAUCGUCAAUUUAUCUUUUGGCAACCGAUUCAGCUCAAUUCUUUGAUCCGCAACCAACGCACCGUUGUCAAUGUUGCUUAUAUCAAGGAUGAUAUUUGGCCUGAUGCUAAGAAAUCAUGGGUCGGAUGCGAAGUCACCCAUAUCGACGAUCGUGAAGCACUUGAUAUGAUUGUCGAUUACGCCGUCAACAACAAUGGUGAAAGCAAAGAUGUCAACACCUGUUUCAACAACAUUGUCAACACCAAGAGCUAUUUCCAUGGUUGGGAUGAUGGCGCUGAUGAUUUGGGUUACCAUCGUUUCUUGCCCGCACAAGAAGUCCAUUCUUACACAAUGCGUUGUCCAAAGAAGGGCACUGAGCCAAAGGAUGAAGAUUACGAUGAACCUUUCACUGUCAAAGUACCAUGGAUUGCCGAAGUGCCACGUGGUUUUAGCGAUGCUUCUUCUUAUUGGGACAACUAUUGUCAAUCAGCUUAUUCAACAUCAUCCUUGGCUCGUCGUAAUGCAGCAUGGACCACUGAAAUCACCGAUGAACUUAAGCGUAUGCAUGAAGGACAAGCCUUUGAUUUAUCGCCCAACAACAAUGCUGUGGGUGGUAGCGAUGGCCGCUAUGUUGAAUUCAUCGAAUUGGAUCACAACGUCGGUGUCAUUGAUAUCCAAAGCUUUUCUAUUGCCAGUCAAGAUCGUGAUGCCUUUGUCAAGAACUUUACAGAAGGCUUGGAAGAAUUUGAAAAGAAGGGCGUCGAGAAGAUUAUCCUUGAUCUAUCACAAAAUGGUGGCGGCGAUGCAUGUGCUGGUGAAUUCAUCAUCAACUCAUUCUUCGAAUCGACCCCUGAUUACUUGUCCGAUGUCAAAUACUCGUCAUUCUUGGAACGUGUGAUCAGCAAGGCUUACUCGCAACAAGCAACAAAGUGGUAUGAUUAUCGUGCUGAAGGCUAUCCUGCUGGCAGCGAUCAAUGGUACAAGGACACCGUCACUUACAAGCGUGGCAAAGAACAAGUCAAGUUUUCAAAGCCUAUCACUCUCAGCUGUGAUAGCUGGAAUGCUGGUGUCAAACCAUACAAGAACUCGAAAUGGAAGGCUUCUGCUAUCAUGAUCCUCUCUGAUGGUCGAUGUGGUUCUACUUGUGCUAUUGUGGCUUCUCGUUUGCAUUUGUCUCACAAGGUGCCUGCUAUGGGCUUUGGCGGUAUCCGUGGCAACAGCAUGCAAUUCGCCUCUUUCCCUGGUGGUGAAAGUGAACGUCUCUCUGGUUUCUUGAUGGAUUUACAAAGCCUUGGAUUGCAAGAUGAUCCCGAUGCCCCCGAACCUUUCCCUGAAAGAGCCGAUAUGGGUUGGACCUUCCGUGAAGUAUAUCGUCCCAUGGAAAAGAAGGACAUUGGCAACGAGGAAUACUUGCUUGAAUACAGCGUCAACAAUGCUGAUUGCAGAAUGUAUUUCAAUGAUGAGAAUGCCGAUAACGUCAAGGAGCUCUGGCGACAAGCAGCACAGUUGAUGCUCAAUGAUGAAUGUCCUUUGCAAGAGUAG